GCUUUAUUCGGCCUCCUUUGCUUCUCUUCCAGUUCAUUCGUUUCACAGAACAAUUUUUUUGCUAUAAACCCAGAUCAGAUCCUGUCAACAACUGUCCGUUUCUUAAACCCAGAGGUACCUAAAACUUCCAUGGUUAUACUUUCUUUUGUUAGAUAAAAUUCCAUUAAUAUCUACCAAACUCAGUCAACCCUUUUAACGUUGUGGGCUUAAAUUUCUUGUUUUUGCUCCAAGUUUAAACCCUUUUAAGCUAAAUCCAACAUGGGUGUAGGUAUUUCAGUCUUGAUAGGAUUAAAAGCAGCAGUUUAUUUUUUCAUAUUUACACAGUUGAAAACUUUAGGUUUAACAUUAUUUUCAUUAUUUUUUUUGUAUGCGUCACUAAUUUCAGUACUUAUUGCAUUUGCAUCUCAUCCAUUCAUUAAUCUCCCUAUGCUUUUGGGAAAGAAAUCAGAUGGGAGCUUACCCAUUUGGUCAACAAUUAUGUUUAGUCCUUACAUAUAUUUUGUCAGAAUCUUUUCAAUAUUGAGAAGAUUGAUGAGUGGUGAAGAGCCUUAUAAUGAGAUUUGUGAAGGGAUAUAUGUUGGUGGGUGGCCUUCUUCACUUAGUACGUUGCCACCUGGUAACCCUGCUGUUAUUGAUUGCACGUGUGAGUUUCCAAGAAUGAAGGAACUUGAAGGGUGCCCCUAUUUGUGUGUGCCCACUUGGGAUACCAGGGCGCCUCAGCCGGGGGAGAUUGAGUCUGCCGUGAAGUGGGCUUGUCGAAAGAGAGCUCAGAAUAGGCCGAUUUUCGUCCACUGUGCAUAUGCAUUCUAUAGGUCAUGGAAGAAGUGUUGCUGUUAUGUGUGCGCUAUUAGUGGGUUUGGGUAUUGUAGAAGAUUGGAAAAAGGCUGAGAAUUUCAUCCGUGAAAGACGACCUUAUAUUCAAAUGAAUGCUCUUCACUGCACGGCACUGGAAGAAUGGUCUAAACACCGGUUAUCUACUCCUAAAAGGAAUGAAUAAAAGUCCUGUUAUUAUCUCCAUCACCUCUCCACACACAAUCUGAUAUUCCAGACAAGAAGAGUGUUUACUUUCUUUUCUUUAGUUCCAAUGACUGGGAUUGCUUAUUAUGCAGUGACUCUUAACUGCUUCUAAUUUCUUGUUUAUUUGAUAUUUGAUUCCAUGUCAAAGAAAUACUAUUCUGUUAUCUGAGGAGAAAAUGGAAUUAUUGUAAAAUAUAGUAACUUUCAGGCAAACCAUCUUCUCCAUUGAAGGACUCUGUAUAAUGUUAAUAUACAAAGAUCUUGUAAGUCAUUUUUUUU